AUGCCUUCUAAUCCAUCUCUUAUCGAGAUCGACUCCCUCGAAAUUUCAGUCAUCAUCGACAAUGAGCUGGAUCCACUCUCGCAGCCUGCGCCGGACACUGUCCAGCUAGCCGGCGGAACUAUGCCUCUGAUAGCCCUAUCAACAUCGCCAUCUCUUCAACCCGGUGAGCGUGGUGGUGCGGCCAAGGAAUUUCGUAUGGAGGACAUUUGCUGUUCUGCUCAUGGCUUGUCUAUCAUGAUCACCGCAACGAGAGGGGAUAUUAAACGAACAGUUCUAUUUGAUACCGGCCCCGAAGAUCAAGCAUGGGAAAAAAAUGUCAAACGACUCAAAGCCGAUAUAUCUCAAAUUGACUUGAUAGUAUUGUCCCAUUGGCAUCGCGAUCAUUCCGGAGGUAUGUUAAAAGCGAUUGAUAUGAUCCACCAAGCCAAGAGAGCAAAGUCCGAAAACAAAAACGUGGUGGUCGACGUACACCCAUCUCGUCCAGACUACCGCGGCUUCGCGUUAGGUGACAAAAUUGUGUCUCUUGAAGCCGACCCGACUUUCCAGGAAAUCACUGACCAUGGAGCGACGCUCAAUAAACAUGAUGAGACUCAUGCUAUUCUUGAUAAUAUGUUUCUCGUCUCUGGUGAAAUUCCGCGUGAAACGACGUAUGAAAAUGGAGUCAAGUUUGGGUUGAGAUUUGAUCAGUCGGAGAAUGACUGGAUAUCCGAUGAGAAGAUUGCUGAUGAGCGGUUUCUCAUGUGUAAUUUGAAAGAUAAGGGAAUCAUCGUUUUCACGGGCUGCAGUCACGCAGGUGUAGUAAACACCUCUCGAUAUGCCAGCAAAUUAUUGAACAAUAACAACGAGAGCAAGAAUAAAAGCAAGAUACCCAUCCACGCUAUUGUGGGCGGAUAUCAUCUAGCCACUGCCAGUGAUGUCAAGAAUAUCGAUGCUACAGUUAGUGACUUGAAGUCUCUUGAUCCGGCAAUCAUGAUGGCUGGACACUGUACUGGAUGGCGCGCAAAAUUCUGCAUAGAGCGUGCGAUGCCUGGUAGCUUAGUGCCACCCCUCGUCCCUCCCUCUCCAAGCUCGCUCGGAAAAGCCGCUCCCGCAAAAACAUACACUCGAACCCGAAAAUGGCUUCGCCGAUUGCUCUACAUCUCGCUGACGACAGGCGUGAUUUGCCUCAUCGAUAGGACAUUCUAUGCCUCCUCACUCACGCGUACAACUCGCACUUUCGCUUUGGGUUUUUUGGUAGCUAUAGAUUAUAAGGUCAACUUCCGACCAAMCCCGCCAUUCGCUGCGUCCAUCGCUGCAGUUCAUCAGCGUAAUGCAGAACGUUUAUCGGAUCUGUUACGUCACAAUGGCGGUUUAUACCUUAAGAUCGGCCAGGCAAUAGCCAUGCAGUCCGCAAUCUUGCCGCCGGAGUUUCAAAAGAUGUUUUCGCGAAUGUUUGAUGAUGCGCCGCAAAAUGAUUGGAAGGAUGUUGAGCGGGUGAUUAGAGAGGAUUUCGGCAAAUCAGUAGAGGAUGUUUUUGGUGUUUCGUUCACGGGAGAUCCGACAAAGGGCGUGAUGGAGAGGAAGGCCAGAGCCAGUGCAAGUGUUGCGCAGGUUCAUUGGGCUCGGUUGGCGGAUGGCCGGGAGGUUGCUAUCAAGAUUCAAAAGAGGGAAAUUGCGGCCCAGGUACAAUGGGACUUGUGGGCUUUCAAAGUUGUCUCGUUUAUUUACAGUAAAUGGUUCGAUAUUCCGUUCUACAACUUGGUUCCAUUCGUCAGCGAGCGUCUAUUUCUUGAGACAGAUUUCGAAAACGAAGCAAUGAAUGGUGAAAAAAUGGCUGAAUUUGUCGCAAAUGAGCCACGUCUACGGAACAGAGUCUACAUUCCCAAGGUGUAUCAUGAACUCAGCUCGAAGCGAGUCAUGACCGCGGAGUGGAUUGAAGGUGUUCGUCUGUGGGACAAAGAUGCGAUUACUCGUCCAUGGAGAGGUGGCUGGCGUGAGGGCAGUCCAGGAUCACAUGGCACACCGCUGGACCCUCCCGACAAACAAAUCCCAAGUCGUGAAGAGCUUGCGAAACGAAGUGUGGCAUCAUUGAAGAUAAAACCUGAGCGUACCCAUUGGAAGGGCUGGAAGGAGCGCGGAGGUCUCGGUCUGUCAUUGAAGGAAGUCAUGACGACAAUGGUCGACCUUUUCUCAGCUCAGAUGUUCCUUUGGGGCUGGGUUCACUGCGACCCUCACCCAGGUAACAUCUUCGUCCGUCGACAACCUAACGGCAAGCCCGAAAUCGUUCUCAUUGACCACGGUCUCUACAUCCAAAUGACCCCAAGCUUCCGACACCAAUACUCCAGGUUCUGGAAAGCACUCAUGACACUCGACAACAAAACUCUUACAGAAAUCGCCAGCCAAUGGGGCGUCAAUAAUCCCGACAUCUUCGCAUCCGCAACAUUAUUGCGCCCCUACCGUGGCGGCAACAUGUCCACAGUCAAAGGCAUUGAGAGACUUAGCAAAGAAGAACGCGCGAACCGAAGCUACGAAAUGCAACAAGCCGCCCGACAAGCAAUCCGUGAAAUCCUCGGCGAUGAAACUAAAUGGCCACGUGAAUUGAUUUUCAUCGGACGAAACCUCCGCAUCGUCCAGGGAAACAACCAAUUCCUUGGCUCACCCGUAAAUCGAGUCAAGAUAACCGCGACAUGGGCAUCGCGCGCUCUUGUAGAGUCACCAGACCUACCCCUUUCUCAACGAAUCCGCAAUUAUGGAGGACACAUCAUCUUCCACUUUGUUCUUUUCACAUCUGAUCUUGUAUUUUACAUCUCCAAGAUCAGACAGUUACUCGGAUGGGGCGGUGGAAUGGAAGACGAUAUCGAGAAACAGAUGAAGAUCAUGGCCAAGGAUAUGGGCGUUCAGUUGGAUGAGAAUCUUUUCGAGGGCUGA